GUGGUUUCUUCCCAUUCUAAAAACAAAGUAGGAAGUACUGCAUCCAAGGGGAGGGGUUCGGCUAGAUGCUUGGGUGUGGACAGAUGACGAUUCCCCGGUCAUCAAAAAGACUGACCACAACCAAAAAGAUAUAUAUGCCCAGUCACUUGAGAGAAUGGAGUAUAUAGCACAAGCCCCACGCCAACAAGGCUUCCCAGGUUGGACGCAGACGCCCAUCCCUGGCGUAUCGCUCUCGGCGGGCGGGCUGCUCGCGCUCGCGGACCUGACGACGGUGGCGCAGCGGACGGCCAUCAAGGGCGGGUCGUCGUGGCUGGACAGCCUGCUGCUCGUGCCGGGCCUGCACUACCAGCAGGCGGCCGACGAGGUUGCGCGGAGCGGCGGCGGCGGAUGGAGCUGGGGUUGGGACUAUGGCGGCGGCGGCGGCGGUGGUGGUGGCUUUGGUUUUGCCACUGCUGCCAACACCGGCGUCGUUUCUUCUGCCGGCGAGGGCUUCGUCGGCAUGGUCAACAACUCGCCCAUGAUGAUGUUUCUGAACAAGGUUGUGCAUCAGGCGAGGGAGCGGGGUGCAGGAGAGGAGGUUGUUGUUUUGGAUGUUGGGGCUUUGGGUAAGAGGAAGAGGAGGAAGGAUGGGGGGAGGAGGAAGGGGAAAGGUGGGGUUGAGGAGGGUGAUGGUGAAGACGACGGUCAUGGUUUGGAUUUGGGAUGGCUCUCACACUGGCUGUACCUGAUGAGCCCCAUCCUUACUAUAGCGGCCUUGGUAAUGUUGAUUUUGGUGGAGGAUUGGUGGGCACUCGGCUGCAUCAUCACGCUCAUGAUAUCCCGAAUCCUCAACAUCUGGGUCAUCAAACAGCGCGCUCGGAAAAGGGUCCACUUCAACCCACCAGAAACAGAACAAGCACAGCCGGCCUCGCGCGCACGGUCAACAACAACGACGGCAGAGUCCAGCAUGAGCUACACAUCACGAGUCCACCGUCACCGCCGACGACAGCAGCGCGCCGCCACGGCCAACCCGGCGCCAGCAGCAGCAGCAUCCCCAUCGCCGCCACCAGCCACGUCCCCGACGCCACCGAGCAACGUGACGCAGAUAACCAUAACGCUGCCCAGCAGCGCGGGGCGCGUGCGGCUCCGCGGCAGCCCGGCCGACCUGCACGCCGUGACGACCGAGACGUGGAUGCGGGCCAAGACGCGGCGCGAGGGAUACCUCGAGGCGGCGGCCAAGCUGCUCGUCUACCUCGUCGCCGCCGUGAGCGGAAACUGGACGCAGGCCGGCGCCAUCAUCGUCAUGGUGCUGCUGCUGGCCAGCGCGGGCUUGCUGGCGCUCAGCAACGGGUGCGCGAGGGGUGUCGAGGUGAAUGGAAGGAUCGUUGCUGCUGGGUCGGGCGGUGGCAAGGAGAGCGGGGUUGGUGGUGGUGGUGGUGAGGGAGUCGUUCGGAAUAGUCACGGUGGUGGUAGUGACGGUGGUGAUGGGAUUGGCAGAGGCUUUUAUAAUCAUGGCCGCGGGAGCUGGGGUGAUAGGUCUGAGAGGGUGCGUCGUGAUGCGAGUGGUGAGAUGGAUGACUGGGCCGAAAGGGGAAUGGCAGCUGGGAUUCGCAAGAGGGAGGAAGAGGGCGGAGGCUAUCCCGACCUGUACCCUUCAACAAGAGACUGA